CUUGGGUUUAGUUUUCAUUUUUUUCACUUUUAUUUUUCUCUCGUGCAGAUUUUCUUCUUCUCUCUCUCUUUCUCGAAUUUAACCUUCGUAGUGGCCAUGAAAGCUCUUGCUCCUUGACGCAGCUUCGCUUCUUCAUGUGGGUCUCGCUGCCUGCUGCUUCUUCCUCUUCUCCUUCCAUGGAGGUGGAUGCAGUACAAGUUAAUGACAUGAAUUGUAAUGAGGAGCAAGCACAUGGGCAAUCACUCUCUCCCGAAUAUUCUGGUGUUUAUGAUGUUUUUGGUGAGCCGGAAAUAUUUCCUCGGGUGGGUCAGCAGUACCAGGUUCAACUUCCUUGUUUAAUUUCAAAAUCUGACUAUCACUGCUAUCUAAGGAAUCCAAACGAGGUAGAUAACUCUGCAAGUGCUCUCCAUAAGUUUCGAGUUGGAUUACCGAUCCCAAUAAUUUGGAUUAAGGAUGAACUUGAGAACAGUAGGCAUAAUCGGCAGGAAAAAGCCUCCAAGUCAGAUGGAGUUACCAAUAAAAAUGAAUCUUCAAAACAAAAUUGUAUAAAAGAGACCUCUAAUGAUCGGGGGGGUGAUAUAGUAAAGGCUAAACUUGGGCCAGUGGACAGUACAUUGGUCAGUGAAAUGACAUUGGGAGAAUCGGGAGAUUCCAAUAUGCAACAAGAAACAGAGAUUGAGAUGCUCGAGAAGCAUAGUAAUAAAGGUCAUUCUUUAGUUCCUGGGUCUGCGAGUGACACCUGGAAUGAAAUUGAAGAGGCCAGUUUCAUCCUUGGCUUGUAUAUAUUUGGGAAGAACCUUGUUCAGGUGAAAAGAUUUAUUGGUAAUAAGAACAUGGGAGAUAUACUGUCAUUCUAUUAUGGAAAAUUUUAUAAAUCUGACAAAUAUCAAAGAUGGUCUGGAUGCAGAAAAACGAGAAGUAGAAAAUUCAUUUAUGGCCAAAAAAUUUUCACAGGACCAAGGCAACAAGAGCUUUUGUCUCGAUUACUACCAAUGGUAUCAGAGGAAUGCUACAAUAAGUUACUCGAGGUUUCCAAGGCGUUUGCAGAGGGAAAAAUGCUUCUAGAAGACUAUGUUUUGACUUUAAAGGCCUUAGUUGGGCUCAAAGCUCUUGUUGAAGGAGUAGGAGUUGGUAAGGGAAAAGAAGAUCUUACGGGACUCGCUAUGGAUUCCAUGAAGCCUACUCAAGCAGUAACUGUUCGCCAAGAAAUACCAGUUGGCAAGGCAUGUUCAAUGCUUACACCUCCGGAAAUAAUAAGCUUUCUAACAGGUGAUUUCAGAUUAAGCAAAGCUCGAACAAGUGAUCUAUUCUGGGAAGCUAUUUGGCCUCGUUUACUUGCCAGAGGUUGGCACUCAGAGCAGCCAGAUAGUCAUAACUAUGCCGUUGCUUUUAAGCAUUCUCUGGUCUUCCUUGUCCCUGGAGUUAAAAAAUUUUCGAGGAAACUGGUGAAGGGAAAUCACUAUUUUGACUCUGUUAGUGAUGUCUUGUGUAAAGUUGCUUCUGACCCUGAGCUAAUUGAGCUUGGGACAAUUGCAGAUAAUGAUUGCACUAGCAAAGAGGGAACUGGUUGGGCACAAGAUACAAAACUGGAUCGUGAAAAUUCCCCGGAUCAACCACGCCACUGCUAUCUCAAGGUAAAAACUCCAAACCGCAGCACAGAUGUCAUGAAAUUUACUGUUGUGGACACAAGUCUGGCUAGUGAAAUGAUGAAGAAUGUGAGAGAACUGAGAAGCUUGCCCUUUGAGUUUUAAAAACUUGUACUUUUGAAAAUGACUCUGAUGAUGAUAAGAAUAUUUCUGAGGAGCACACAAAUGAAUCCGAGUCUGCCAAGACCACCUGCUUUGAUAGGAGGAAGAAUGGCAUUACUAAAGCCAGUAAAUCUAAUAUUGGUAAGGGUGUCUCUUCACUUUUGAAUGGUUUUGAAAACAAUGUCCCUUCCAAAGUGGAGCUGCCAAGGAGUGUCAUGGCUUCUAGUGGCCUAUCUGCUGCCUCCAAGGGCCAGAAGCCAGAAGAAUUCUUGUGCAACACACUCAAAAGGGAUGGUUUGAAUUGCUCAUCACUCCAGAGAAUGGUAUCGGAUAAUAAAAAUGAUCUAGUCCCUGUUACAAAAAGAAGGAGGCGAUUAAAUGCUUGUAGCCGCGCAAAGAAAAAUAGCAACACUGCCAAUUUCUUUGUGGUUCCUAGAGGAAAAGAAAAGGAACCCGGGUUUUGUUUGGAUACAGAAAAUUCAAAAUCUAGUGCAAAUGUAUCUGCAAACUUCUUUGUGGCUACUAGAGUAGAACAAGAGGAAGCCAGUCUUCAGAAGUCAAAAUUUAGUGAGAGAGUUUCAUGGGAUAUCCCACCCCAGGAGAAGCAGUCAUUAGCAGGUUUUCCAACCCAGAAAAACAAAAGACUAGCAGAUUCUCUGUCAAAUCUAAGCUCAAUCAUCAAUGAAGAAGCUGUUCCUGACACUAGUUCUUCAGGCGCUAUGGAUCAAUGUAGUAAACCCCAGCCACGGACUAUGAUUGACCUUAACUUGCCUGUUUCACCAGAAGUUGAAGUUGAUGAACCUUUUGUGAAUGUAGUGACCGAGAUUCAGCAAAAUGAGAUAGCUAAGGAAUCAAAUGAUCUCAGUGUUGGAACAAACUCCAAACUUAGCGAUCAACCUGAACAACAGCCUGACAUGCACACCCGGAGGCAGAGCACCAGAAACAGGCCACCAACAACGAAAGUGCUUGAAGCUUUUGCUUUUGGAUAUCUAGACAGAAAGGAGAAGCGAAAAAGUAGAGAUUAUCUUCAAGACGGCUCAAUAACAAGAUCUUCCGUAUCUCGCAAAGUGGGAGGCUCUAGUAAUGCUGGUACUGGUCUUGAAAAAGAAGAAAAAACAGAUAUCGUCAUUAAUGGUAGCCCUGGCAGUGACUGUAAUAUACACAGGCUCCAAGUUUAAUGAAGGAUAAAGGAAACUGAGUGUUCAAACUCAACUCUAGACUCAGGAUGUGAAUGUCACUUCUUUGAAUCCAAGCAGUGGAAGUUUGAUUACCAGGAUCCAAAAUUGUUAGAUGGCGCAUGAUAUGAACAAGAUAGCAGCAUUUUCACUGAUUGAAGUGGUUUUGCACAUAAUGGAUGUUAGAUAUUAACCUCCAAGGAAGGUUUUUCAUAAAACUUUCAGGUCUUUCCAAUAGAAUGCACUAUAAACUACAUAGAGAAACCCCUCUGUUCUUCUCAGCUUUGCAAUCAACAGAAUCUGAGAGAUGUUUAGUCCCUGGAAUUGAACUUUUAUGCUUUUCUCAUUUCAUAGUUGCAGUACCAGUCUUCAAUGUCAGACAUGGUUUCAGUCAACCCUUGCUGCCCCUGGUUAUGAACAGAAUACACAGCAAGUCAAUGCACAUUGUGACAACAGUUUUUUUCUUUUUAAUGUUAAACCUCAUCAGAUUCUGUCAGAUGACAGAAGAAAAGUAAAUGGAGCAGCAGUUACCAUA